AUGAUUUCAGACUUUUUCAAGUCCAAGAUAACAACCACCUUUGCAAAACACCCCGUCAAGGUCAAAUAUGGUCAUGAAUCGCUACCAUUGGACAAGCUAGUGGCCAAGACCGUCCCAGAACUAACUAAUGGAGCCAGUUUUAUGGUCAAUCCGCUCUUUUCAAGUGGCCAUUCGCAGACAGCGUAUACAGCUGUGAAUCGCUUUGACGAUGUGGAUCAGGUUUACUAUAUGCGCCGCAUUUUACGAAUCGAAUCGGACUCAAAAUCAUACGAGGUAGAGGGAGAGAAAAUGCCCUAUGAUCGCUGGCAGGGCAAAUCCACCAUUGCCCUUGAUUAUGUGGUGGACAAGAAACUCUGCGUAGGAAGCCAGGAGGUUAACCGGCCCGAAAGCCAGGUGAGAGCGCUCUUGCCCAGAACAGAGUACUUGGAUUUGUCCUUAGAGCAGGGAUUACUCGAUAACGACCGCCCGUUGGUGAUUGCGCUCCACGGGCUCGCUGGCGGCUCAUAUGAGUCGUAUUUGCGUGCUUUCAUGCUGGAGGUUACGGGUCCCAAGUAUGGAUUUGAUGGAAUGGUGUUGAAUGCUAGAGGCUGUGCCCACCACACUAUCACUUCGCCGCAGCUCUUCUGUGGUCUUUGGACGAACGAUUUGCGUUACGUCAUAAACGAGCACAUCAGCAAGAAAUGGCCCAAUAAACAGAUCUUCUUGGUUGGAUUUUCCCUAGGCGCGGCAAUCGUAUCCAACUACUUGGGUCAAGAGGGCGACCACGUCUACAAGAACAUAAAGGCUGCGGCUUCCAUGGGCUGCCCAUGGGAUUUUCCCCAAUCAUCGACUGCGUUGGUCGAGACUUAUUUGGGAAGCAAGGUCUAUUCGCCAGCUAUGUGUAAGAAUCUUUUGCGCCUCCUCGAUCAUCACUACGAUUCUUCACUUCAUGUCGAAGAAAUCAUCUCAGACUACAAGAAGAAUCCAGAAAAAUUCAAGCUUCAAAAUCUUCGCGAUUUCGACGAGGCUUUCACGUCAAAGCUCUUUGGAUUUAAUUGUGCAGAGGAAUACUAUAGACACGCUUCACCAUCACAAAGACUUCUUAAUGUGCGCGUGCCGUUAUUCAUAUUUAGUUCUAAAGAUGAUCCAAUCGUUGGUUCCAAGAGCAUGCCUCAUACUGAGGUAAGCAUGAAUCCAUUCGUGUACAUGAUUGAGACAUCUGUUGGCGGACACUUGGGAUGGUUCAAUGCACGUCUCCAGCGCUGGUAUCCAAAACCAUUGUCGGCACUUUUCACGGCUAUGGCCAACAGUACCAUUGAAUCAGUUCCUAAGGAGUACUUGCACAAGGCAUCGGAUGGAAAUUGGAAACAUGACAGGAUCAUCCAGUAA